ACUUCCACUCACAGCACGAACGCUCAGACAGUGAGGUAGGCACAGCGGAGCUCAGCGCUCUGAGGGAUGGAUAAAUAAGGUUCCCACGUGAAAGGCAUGUGUCCACAGAAGAAGAGCAGAGUGAGAUAGAAGAAGACACAACCAGAGGGGAAAGGAGAAAGGUGAGGAGGAGGAGGAGGAGGGGAAAGGGAGACGAGAGAGAAUCAGAUGGACUGUACACAGAGGAAAGGAAACGGUGUGAAGCUCAACACGCAGCAGUGACAGAGAGGUGGGAAUAAAGAGCAAACGUGAACGCCAGAGGGAUGGAAGAAUGGGCUGGAGAGACGUGAAGGAAUAGCAGAGAAGAGGAGCGAGCGUUUUUAUGGGAGAAAGAGGCAACACAGAAGGGAAUCAGGAAGAGAGAAAUGUGGAAUUCCACGCUGUCUUCAACCCAUGAGAGAGUGAGUCACUGAGAGAAGAGCUGCGAAAAAGAGAAGAGCGAUAAAAUCAGAAAGGAAAGGAGGCAGGGGCGAGAAAAAGAAGAAAGUUGAAACAGAUAGGCCAUUAUGUGGAAGUACGCAGGCCCAUCCCAUACCUUGGUCAUCCAAUCUCCUGAGGGCCCAGGGGACAAAGCAAGUGGAGAAGGAGGGUCUGCCAAGAAGACAAGCCAAUGUGAUGGGCACAGAAAAGAUGGACAGGCUGCAUUUCCUUCCUCCCUGCUUAUUUGCCGGUAACCUCUUCAGCCUCAUCAAGAGUUUGUCUCCCUGGAAAGUUAAAGAGAAAUAAGGAGCAAAAGUGCACAACUUCAGAAGAAAUGGGAGAGUGCGGACAUUUCUCACAUUCUCAUUUAAUGAGUAUUUGAUGCUGCAUAUAUAUAUAUUUUUUUUGUACAAGGGUAUAAGUAAGCUAACCCAAGGAGGUUAGAAUUUAUCACCGUGAUCUUUAAUUAAUUUUUACUUGCUGUGCUUAAUAUUACUAUACCUUGAACUGUGAAUACGGUAACCCAUCCUUUCUAGGGGACAAUCUUUGUUGAAAAGAAAGUCCUUGGUGUAUAGAUUAGAGAUAACCUAAGCAGCUACACACAAUCCUAUGAAAUAAUUAAUCUUACACGGUCUGUUCUGUGAUGAAAUUGGAACUCAGUCAAUCUAUUGUACAAAUCGCUCACUGCUAUAAUGAAUAUAAAGCAAAGGGGAGCUCUCUUUCCUUGUUGAAGUACUGACAGAACUAGGCCUUCAAAACAUCAAACUGCCUGCAGAGCCUGUGGAUGUUGGGGGAGCGAGAGAGACAAGAGAAAUGGUGAGCAAAGAGCCCAACCACUUGCUCACAGGCCAAACCAACGGCAAGAGCACCUUGGCAGACAAGUUGCCCGGGACAAUGACUGUGCGCUCUGUGCUGCUCAAUCGAGACUCCCCAGAUAUCGAGAGCCGCCUCAAGCGCCGCCGCAACCGCACCCACCAGGUCCGCUUUAAAGACCUGGAGGAUGGCAGCAGCAGCAGUGGCAACAGUGGGACAGGAGAAAACAAUAGCCAUCAGAGGCCUGCCACGGAUUGUGACAGCCCGCAUCCUCUUCGCAAACACAGCAGCAGCAGGUCCCCCAAGCCAUGGACUGACAGGGAUGGACUUCGGACUCAGAGUCUACCUGGCCAAACCUCUGUGGUGGGGGCUGUGCGUGGGGACAUGGCAAGUACUAUAGAGGUGGUUGCUGCUUUCUUAGCCAGGGCCCCUCCUCAUCCGUUGACUCCGGGUCCCACGCGUCGAUGCUGGGCACCACCACAGAUUAACUCCUUGACCUUGCCAAUGACACGCAGGCCCAGUACGAGCACCAGCACAGCCAUCCAGACCUCCCCAUGCCUAAAAAAGCCCCAGUCCCUCUCUUCAACCAAUACACGUAGCCACAGCCUCGGGGACUCAUUGGGCAUGGAUGGGGACGACGAACAUGACUCUCAAGAUGAGUACCUUAUGCACAACCAUGUGUUGGGGUCUGGGUCCAAGGACCAAAACGGUCCUCCUGGGCCUGGGGAUCGAGCUGUGGUGGAACGGAGGUCUAAAGCCUCCAGGACAGACAUUAAAUCAGCUGUUAGUUUGGUGAAAAACUCCAGGCACAGCUGUCCCCCUUCAGUGUUUCACAACACUGAGCCAUUUCACUGUUCCUCUGUAUCCUGUCGAGAUGGCCCCAAGCGUCAGGGAAGCAGCACUCCCUCAGUGGUCAGGAGGAGAAAGCGGCUUAAUAGGACAGCAAGUGAUCCUGGAAAGGAAGUAAACUACUGCACCACUCCCACUCAAACUGAAAGCCACAGUCCAUCCCCGCCACCCUCAAACACCAAACUCUGCACCACUCCAGUUCAAACAGAGAGCCCUUCCCAACCUGAGAAUUCAAAGUAUUGCACCGUCCAAAGUCAAACUGAGGGUCAACAAAAAUCUACAUCUUUGAGUGACAAGCAAUGCACAACUCAAAUUCCAAUCACCAAUUUUUGUCCGACCCUACCUCCAAAGGCUGAAGAGUGCACCACUCAAAUACAAACAGAUUUGCCAUGUCAAGCUCCUCCAAAUCAUGAACCUUGCACCACCCAGACACGAAUGUGCAGCCCCUGUGCUUCCCCACCUCUGACAAUAUCUCUGAGCUCAAUGCAAAUUCAAUCUGAGAGUCCUGUAUCCCCAACUGAGACUAAGGAUCCUCCCACCACCCAAAUAACUACUGUGCCUUACUGUAAAUCUCCCCCACCUGCGAGUGCGCCAACACAGUCCCCUGAACACUGCGCUAAACCACCUUGCUCCUCUCCAGCCAAGCCACCUUGCAUCACCCCACCUCCACCCAUAGAGCUGUCCAUUCCUUGUUCCACUUCUGCACCUACCGUUGCCCAACACCCUAUCCCGUAUUAUACUGUUGUGUCACCACCGACAACCCCCAGCACAGUUGUCGUAUGCUCCAGUCCUUCCCCAACCACACCAUCAUGCCCCAGCCAAAACUGCUCCUCCCCUAUCUCAAGCAUAGUAUCAUCAGCUCCCCUAACCUGUUCCACCCCUACCCCAACUGUAACCCCCAAUAUAACUCCUGUUGACCCCAUCAGACUUACAACCGCUGCCCCAACCGUAACGCAUGAACAACCACACAGUGCAUCAAACGCCACACCUUUUACAUUUGUGACUCAAACUGCCCUGUCAUGUACCUCCAUAUCGUAUUACUCGACCACACAUUCGGUUAGUGCCCAUGCCCCUCACCCAAAUUCUACUUUGCCUUCUUAUGCCACUCUCAUACAAAGUGUGUCUCAUUGCAACAUUCCAUAUCAAGCUCUGCAAAAUACCUCUUCUGCCAACACGGGUAUAACUCCCUACUCCUCUCCAGUCCCCAAAUUAAAAUCGUGCACUUCUCCGCCUCCACUUGUGCAAACAUACUCGUCCACUCUUCCAAACGCACAAACGUGUGCAACACCAACUAAAGCUGUUCCUCUUUAUUCGUCCACAUUUCGUGCCGCACCACCAUACACGCCCCCCUCUCAGGCGCCCUGCAACGCUCAGGAUAAGAGGGGGAUUCGACUUCCACCUCCACCUCCGCCACCUCCACCUUACACACCACGCAAAAAGGGAAGUGAUCCACCGGCUCCUGCAAUCCGAACACCCAUGCUCAGGGCAGACAGCAAGGCUGGCAAGAGAGAUAAAGACGAGGAAAAGGAGAAAAAAGAAGAUAUAAAAUGUACAGACUCACCCAAGCUCUGUGAGAGAGCCAGCUCUCUGAAGCACAGAGCUCAAACUCCGCCAGUUGCUGUGAUGAAGGGAGAGAAGCAGGCCUCCUCCUCUCCUGCCAAGGCCUGUUUUAAGUCCAGCUGUCUCAGCUCAGCCCAGGCUCAGCUUGGGGUGCUACACAAAAUGCUCUGCUCAGGACCCAAUGCCAGGCCCAACACCCCGAACAGCCAAUACCCUGCAAACCAGCAGAGUUGCUCUGGAGCCAGGGGCUGCUCUGCUUCUGGGGAGCGGCCUACUGCUGGACCCCUGACUGCCACCCAGGCUGACACACUAAGACAGGUCCAGGAAAUUCUGGGAGGGUUGGUGUCUGGUGCCAGGUGUAAACUGGACCCAUCCAGGGUGACAGAAAAGCUCCUGGGUCCUAACGGACCCCUGCAUGAUAUUCGUAACUUGCAGACUCAGCUCCAAAGCCUUGAGGGGGUCCUGGAGACCAGCCAGAACACCAUUAAGGUCCUGCUGGAUGUCAUUCAAGACCUUGAGAAGAAGGAAGCCGAAAGAGAAGGAAGACAUUCAUACAGGACCGGACAGGACAUUGAAAACUGUGGGACCUGCAGGGACUGCGCCUGCAUCAUCUACAGUCUAAUUAGCGGAAGCCCCGUUAACUGUGCCGCAAUGGUGCGUUUUUCGGCGCUGUGGACGGGAAUUCUUCUCCAGUUUUGUCGUGCAACGAUUUUCACCAACGACUGGGCGAUAAGAAUAAGAGGGGACCCCGAGUCCGUGAACAGGAUAGCAGAGAGAUAUGGAUUCACUAAUAUGGGUCAGAUCGGAGACCUGAAGAGUUAUUACAGCUUUCGCCACCGCGAAACGGCGAAGAGGUCCACUGUGUCCAAUAAAGAGGUGGCCGUCAGCGUCGCCAAGGAGACCAAGGUGGAAUGGCUCCAACAGCAAGUGGUCCAGAGAAGAGUAAAAAGGAACUCCAGAGUCGGUCACAUCUACUCCUCCGAUGAGACCAAACACCUUCCCACUGCUCAUCCUCACUUUAACUGCACCCAGACGCUGCCCUAUAACAAUUCACUGUGGAACAGUUUGUGGUACAUUCACUGCAGUGAUGAGUCCAAAGGCUGCCAGUCUUGUAUGAACAUUGCGGGGGCCUGGAGGAGAGGGUACACUGGGAAGGGUGUGGUGGUGUCUGUCCUAGAUGAUGGUAUUGAGAGGGAGCAUCCGGAUCUGAAGCCAAAUUAUGAUCCUUUGGCCAGCUAUGAUGUGACUGGACAAGACGAAGAGGACCCUUCUCCGAAUAAUUCCAACGACGCUUCCAACUACCAUGGGACACAGUGUGCAGGGAUGGUUGCUGCGGCUGCAAAUAACUCCCAUUGCACGGUGGGAGUCUCUUUCCAAGCGCGGAUAGGUGGCAUCCGUAUGCUGGAUGGCGAUGUGACGGACAUUGUGGAGGCCCGAUCACUGAGUUUCAGACCGCAACAUAUUGACAUCUACUUGGCUAGCUGGGGGCCAGAAGAUGACGGGGCCACUUUGGAUGGACCCGGGCCUCUCACGCGUCUUGCUUUACAGAAUGGCAUCAAAACAGGCCGGAACGGGAGGGGCUCUGUUUUCGUCUGGGCGUCGGGGUACGGCGGACGAAGAGGGGACCACUGCUCCUGUGACGGCUACUGCAGCAGCAUCUACACCGUCUCUAUCGGCAGCAGCACUCGGCGUGGAAGCCCGCCAGAUUACCUGGAGCAGUGCUCCUCCACACUGGCGACAGCUUACACCGGAGGGGAGAAGGAGGAGAUGGUCACGUUGGGUCCACAGCAGAGCUGCAGCCGUGCUAAGUCAGACACUUCGAUCUCCUCCUCCAUAGCUACAGGCAUCAUCGCUCUGACUUUGGAAGCCAACCCGUUACUAACCUGGAGGGAUGUGCAGCAUAUUAUUGUCCGGACAUCAAAAUCUCAUCAUCUUCUCGCUCCUGACUGGAGCGUUAAUGGAGCCGGAUUCAACGUGAGCCACCUCUAUGGCUUUGGCCUGCUGGAUGCUGAGAGCAUGGUGAAGGAGGCUGAGCGUUGGAAACAAGUCCCCACACAGCACCAGUGUGUGGAGGAGGCUUCCAUCCAGCUGAGCAGAGCUAUUCAUCCGGGCUCGCCGCUGACGUCUGUGUUUGAGAGCACGGGCUGCUCCGGCGAGCCCUCGCGGCGCGUCGUUUACGUGGAGCACGUCGUCGUCCGCGUCGCCAUCGCUCACAGUCGUCGCGGCGACCUUUCCAUUACUCUCGCGUCACCUUCGGGCACUGUGUCGCAGUUGCUCGCUAACAGGCCUCUUGACGACUCCCCCGAGGGAUUUCCGAACUGGGAAUUCAUGACAACUCACAGCUGGGGGGAACGCGCAGCAGGGGAAUGGACUUUGAAAAUCCAGGAUACUUCCUCUCAGAAGAGAGACAACACUGAACUAGGGACGCUAAAGGAGUGGUCCCUGCUGAUUUAUGGCACUGUAGGCCAGCCGUAUCCCAGGCAUGGUGUGCGGGGAGCCAGAUCGGCUGAGAUAUCGAUGGACAGUGACCCCACUGAAGAAUACAGUGGACCCUGUGACCCAGAAUGCAGUGACGAUGGUUGUGAGGGGCCCGGCCCGCAGCAGUGUGUCACGUGUUUACACUUUGUUCUCAAGUUCAAGAACAGCACAAGGAUGUGUGUGUCAGAGUGUCCAGGGGGAUUCUGGGGCGACCGCCGGCGUUGUAAGAGGUGCUAUUCAUCCUGCGAGAGCUGCACUGGGAGUCGCAGUGACCAGUGCACUUCCUGUCAGCCUGGUCAUUCCCUAACUGAGGGGACCAAUACCUGCACGGCCGCUUGUGGGGAUCACUACUACCUCGACCACGAUGCUAAUAUGUGCAGAAAGUGCAGCGAAAACUGCCUGAAGUGCACCUCCCACAGCAUCUGCAAGGAAUGCAAACCAGACACAAGUCUGCAGGGGAAUCGGUGCCAGCGGAGCUGCACGGCGGGAUUCUACCCCGACCAGCAGGAAGGCACAUGCAAGCCCUGUCAUAAGGCCUGCGCUACCUGUGCAGGUGCAGGUGUUGGGGCAUGCAACGGUUGCGCAGAAGGCUUCCUGAUGGAGGAGUGGAGGUGUGUGUCCUCCUGCAGUGCUGGCCUCUACACCACAGAGCCAAGCCCAGAGCUAGCUGACGGGCACAGGAUAUGUAGGAGGUGUGACGCCAGCUGUCUCACCUGUGCGGGGCCGAGCCGGGGGAACUGCAGCAGCUGUUCCAGCGGUCACAGCCUGCAGGAGGGAGCGUGUGUGGUUAGCACUGUGUGCACAGACGGAGAGUACCAGGACGGUCACGGAAAGUGCCGCGCGUGUGAUGCAACGUGCCUGAAGUGCACGGGACCGCAAAGAGAAGACUGCAUCAGCUGUGUGUCUUCACGGGCUCUAGAUGCCGGCCGCUGCGUGGUGGAGUGUGCAAAGGGCAAGUACCAGUCAGGUGGCCAGUGUCACCUGUGUGACCACACCUGUGCCACCUGUGUGGACGCAAGUCCUGCCAACUGUACCAGCUGUGACACUGAUAAGUUUGAACUGGAGCGAUACUUGUAUGAAGGCCUGUGUCUGGACGCCUGUCCUGAGGCCUUCUACCACACCGAGGAGAGGAGCUGUGAGCCCUGCUCCGACCACUGCCGGCUCUGCACGAGCCCAACACACUGCCUCCAGUGCGACUCCUCCUCCUCCUACCUCUCUGAUGGUGUGUGUGCGGAGCUGGAGUGUGGAGAAGGGGAGGUGGAGGCUCCAGAUUACGACGACUGCAUGGCCUGUGAGGAGGGCUGCAGGAAGUGCGUCUUGUAUAAUCCCAAGCAUUGCCUUUCCUGCACUGAGGGCUUUUACAAUUUUCAGGAUGGCUGCUACAAAAACUGUCCGGCUAAGACGUACAGCGUGGCAGAGGAGAUGACCUGCGUUCCAUGUGAUGACACCUGUGUGAGCUGUGACGAACAUGAGUGCUACUGGUGUGAGGCCGACCUCUUCUUAUCAGACGGGAGAUGUGUUUCGACGUGUCCUGGCGGUUUCUAUGGCGACGAAGACACCAACGACUGUGAGGAGUGUCACUCGGACUGUGUGACAUGUGGCGGCCCGGAGCACGAUGACUGUCUGUCGUGUGAGGAAGAGAAGAUGCUGGAAAACGGAGAGUGUGUAUCUGACCAUGAGGUCUGCCCCAUUAAGACCUUUCGCAGCGAUGAUGGAGAGUGUGAGAACUGCCACCCGUCGUGUGAGUCCUGCUCUGGAGAAGAGAAGAACCAGUGUACACAAUGUGCAAAAGGGUGGUUUCUGACCACACAGCAAACAUGUGUGUCGAAGUGUCCGGGGGGUUUGUUUGGCAGUCGGCUGAGCGGCGUGUGUGAGGCCUGCCCUCGAGGCUGUUUGCAGUGUGUGGACGCUCAGCACUGCACGCGCUGUCAGAGCACUCGUAAAGCUCCCUUAUUCCUGCAGGCGGGACACUGUGUCCAACACUGUGUCAGGGGUUAUCCUGCAGGCCAGGUGUGUCGGAGCUGUGCGCCUGGCUGUGCCUCCUGUGGGAAGAACGCCACCCACUGUCUCAGCUGUGUAGAACCUCUCCUCUUACACAAGCACCAAUGUGUGGAAGAGUGUCCUCCGGCACACACUCUGCACGACGGGGAGUGCCAACACUGCCCCUCCUCCGUCUGCCAGGAGUGCGACCCUCUUGGGCAGUGCACAGGCUGUGAAGAGCAUCACUUUCUCCACGAGGGACUGUGUGUGCUCGACUGUCCCGAGAGCUUCUUUGAGGACAAAGAGCAGAGGGCGUUCGCGUGCCACCCUGACUGCGCGUUGUGCGACGGCCCGAACAUCAACGACUGUGACGCCUGCGCGGACCCAGAGGCCACGCUGCACACGGGCGCAUGCCUGGCAGCCUGCCCCGCCCAUGUGUACAGAGACGCCGUCACGGGAGAAUGUGAAGACUGCGAUGCGUCUUGCCUUACCUGCUCCCACACCGGCUCCUGCACCAGCUGCAGAGAGGGUCAGAGGUUAGAGGGCCUCGGCCAUUGUGUGCCGCCAUCCAGCAAUUGCUCACCUCAUCAGUACGCAGACCAGGACGGGGAAUGCCAUCCGUGUCACAAACAUUGCCAUCGGUGUUCAGGUGCCGGCAGAACUCACUGUCUGAGCUGCAACCAGAGACAUCUCCUGCUCGAUGGCACCUGUGUGGACGAAUGUCCGACAGGCUUCUGAGAGUCGGGGCCAGGAUGUGAACCGUGCCAUCCUUCCUGUCAGUCCUGCGUUGGAAAGCACAGCCAACGGUGUCUCGCCUGUAAGAUCCACUUAGUUCGGGAGGGCAAGGAGUGUGUGGAGCCUGCCACACAUCCACUAUGGAAACACGGCUCAAGGAUGUGUGAGAAGUGUGACCCGAGCUGCAGUGAGUGUUCGGUGGCCGAGGAGGACGGCUGCCUGAGCUGCGCUCUGGGUCUCAUCUACUUGCGGAGAGAAGGCCGAUGCCUCCCCUCGUGCCCUCGGGAUACUACCACGACCACGGCACACAGGACCUGCGACGCCUGCCACGCCAGCUGCAGAGCGUGCUCAGGGAGGGAUUCCCAGUCCUGUGACUCGUGCUACCCUGGAAACCUGCUCUCGGACGGCAUGUGUGAGCCCAUGUGCGACAUAGGCCUGUUUCCUGUGAUAAAGAAUUCAGGCCACGCUUGUGAGGACUGUGACGGAUCCUGUAUGGAGUGUCGCGGGCCUGGUCCAGCCAACUGCACCAUGUGUCCUACUCAGGCCAUCUUAGAGGCUGGAGGACGCUGUCUGCUUUGUUGCCGCCAUGAGGAGGAGGAGGAGGAAGAGGAGGCGACCACAACGCAGCAGCAGCAGGACUGUUGUAACUGCACCGAGACUCGAGGAGAGUGCGUCCUGAGCACCAACUUAGCGUUCAGAAAUGAAGAGGAAGAGGCGGCCGGGGGCAAUCCGGCAAUCUUCAUCAUCGCCUGCGUACUGUUGGUGCUGGGACUGGUGGCUGUUUUCUUCAUCAUCAGGCACACCCGCUCCAAGAGAGCGCCCCCAGACAUCACUCCCCGCGGGUACGAGAAGCUGGGCUCCGGAGGCGGCUACAGCGCGGCUUCUUCAGCAUCGUACAGCGGCCGCAACAGCUCCUCCUCCUCCGGUCGCUUCCAGGAGGCUCAGUUGGUCGACAUGACUGAACGCCGCUCGGGGAGUAAGGGUCAUGACGACGACGAAGACGACGACGAGGACAUUGUUUACAUGGGCCAGGAUGGCACCGUGUACCGGAAGUUCCGGUACGGACAGCUGGGAGAGGACAACGAUGACGAGUUGGAGUACGAUGACGAGAGCUACACGUUCCGGUGA